AUGUCUGAAUCUCCUGCAGAGGGCAUUAUCGCCCAUAUGAACAAGGAUCACAAACUAGCUUUGGAGGAUUACUUGUUCGUCUACGGAAAUGUUCCAAUUACGGACAAAAUUGCGCAUGUCAGGAUGCUAGCCAUCGAGCUGGACCAUAUGGUGCUACAAUUCAACCAUUUCGACGUGGAGUUUGAAAUUGAGAAAACAAUUCUAUUUGAACCACCUCUUGCCGAUUGGAAAGAAGCACGCGAGAGGCUGGUGGGAAUGGCCAAAGACGCUGCUGCCAAACGUGGUUUCUCUCACAUUCAAAUCAACGAAAUGAGCUACCCAAACUCGAUAGGUGAAUACUUGCUGAUCUUUUUCGUUAUGAUGCCACCAGUAUGCUAUUUCAAUCGAUCAUUGUUGCAGUGGGUACCUGUCGUUGGCGCUUGGCUCGAUAAUGAUGCGUUGCUCCUGACCGUUUUUGUAGCAACUGUGGUAUGCCAUUUUGCCGAAUGCAUAUUACUACUGAAACCAAAACUUGAUUUUUACAGAGUACCUACUGAUUUUCUUAUCGAGUGGUAUUUGUUCGGAUUGUUGGAAGGCUACCCUGCAGUGAAGAGAUUGAAUCAACUAGUUAAGGAGAAAACUCUCUAA